UUGCUGCACCGGGAGACGUGUUCUCCAGGCAGACGGGAGAAAGUCGCGAAGGGAAGUGAAGAAGCUCCAGAAGCAGCACUCACGCGAGCCAUUGGGCGCUGCCAGGCCGUUCGCCGGCCGACUGAAGCUGCGUCAUCCUGGCUGCCCCACGUCUGCUCUUCCGCUCCGCAAUACCCCUCGUCGGCAUAGGACUCCGUCAUACAACAAAACGAAUCAUGCCGCCCAAGGAUCGCCUAGCUCAGCUCUCCAGACAUUUUUCCCAUUCACCUGCCCACGACAUUCCCCUCAACACCCCCUUCUCCAUUCAGAGCAAGAUCGUUGACGACUUUGCUGCAACGGGAUCGGGAGAAACAUUCAACAAGCCCGAACAACGACGAGACUUGUCCCAAUCCGCAGUAUCACAAGAGGAAGAAGGCAAGCGAUCCAAGCCCGCCGCGUCCACCAUGUCCAACCAACCACCACACCCGACCCUCCUCAUCCCGGGCCCCAUUGAAUUCGACGAUGCCGUCCUUCAAUCCAUGUCCCACUACUCCGAAUCCCACGUUGGCCAGCCAUUCGUCAAUUGCUUUGGCGAUGUGCUGUCAAUGCUGCGAAAGCUCUUCAUCUCCACCGACCCCAAUGCACAGCCCUUUGUCAUCUCAGGCUCAGGGACACUAGGCUGGGAUCAAGUCGCUGCCAACUUGACAGAGCCUGGCGAGGAUGCUCUCGUCCUUCACACUGGCUACUUUGCAGAUAGCUUCGCCGACUGCUUCGAGACGUACGGAGUCAAGGCUACACAACUCAAGGCUCCCAUUGGAGAUCGACCACAGCUUGAUGAGAUCGAAAAGGCAUUGAAAGAGAAGAAGUACAAGGUCAUCACGGUCACACACACCGACACCUCAACUGGUGUCCUUUCCGAGAUCGAACCUCUGUCCAAGCUCGUCAAGCAAGUGUCUCCCGAGACCCUUCUCAUUGUCGACGGUGUCUGCUCCGUCGGUUGUGAAGAGAUCCGCUUCGACGAAUGGGGCGUCGACGCCGUCAUCACCGCCUCCCAAAAAGCCAUUGGCUGUCCUGCCGGUCUCUCCAUCGUCUUCGCAUCCGGCCGCGCCAUUCAGACGUUCAAGAAUCGCAAGACCCCUCCCAACUCAUACUUCGGCUCAUGGAAGAACUGGCUACCAAUCAUGCAAAACUACGAGGCAAAGAAGCCUUCGUACUUCGCCACACCUUCUCCUCAACUGAUCCACGCCCUCCACACAUCCCUCACACAGAUCCUCUCGAUCCCACUCGAACAGCGCUUCCAACGACACAAGGAAGUUAGCCAAAAGAUCAAGAAGGCUGUUGCAGACCUUGGGUUGAAGCAAUUGGCUAGCAAGCCGGAGAACCAGGCCAAUGGUAUGACGGCGAUAUAUCUGCCCAAUGACCUCAAGCCUCCGGAGAUUCUGCCCAACUUGUUGAAGAAGGGCGUCAUCUUCGCCGGUGGUCUACACAAGGAGAUCGCGACCAAGUAUAUUCGAUUCGGACACAUGGGUGUUUCGAUUAUGGAUCCUCAAAGGGAUGAUGUAGAUCGCGCAUUGCAGAGUUUGAAGGAUGCGCUUGGAGAGGUAGGAUACAAGGCGCCGUAAAUGGAAGAUGUGUUAAGAGGAGGACUAUGUAGAUGAAAGAGAAAUGUAGUGGCGCCGCAACGUGCAGGUGUGAUGUAUCGAUCUUCUUCCAAUGGCAUCAAUGAUAUACAUAUACCCAUAUGCAGCAUAUAUGAAGAGAUGUUCACUUUCAUCUAUUCCCAUGGGAGUGAAAAGCUGACACUCAU